CCGAGAUUGCUUUCGGCGAUUGCAAAUGAUGAUAUAUUGCCGGUCUUGAAUUUUUUCAAGGCUCCCGAUGGUAGUGAGCCUCACUGGGCUACGGUGUGCACACUCUUCAUCUGCAUCGGCUGUGUCUGCAUCGGAAACCUGGACUUGAUCACACCAAUCAUCACCAUGUUCUUCCUGCUUUGCUACUGUGGCGUGAACCUAUCGUGCUUCCUUCUUGAUCUGUUGGAUGCACCAAGCUGGCGUCCUCGCUGGAAGAUCCAUCAUUGGAUGAUUUCUUUGCUCGGUGCACUUAUGUGCAUAUUCAUCAUGUUCUUGAUCUCUUGGGUUGUCACGAUCAUUGCGUUAAUCCUAGCCAGCCUCAUUUACUAUUAUGUCAGCCUCAAAGGGAAGGCAGGAGAUUGGGGUGAUGGGUUCAAGAGUGCGUAUUUCCAGUUGGCACUGCGGAGUUUGCGUUCACUUGGAGCUAAACAAGUUCACCCGAAGAAUUGGUACCCAAUCCCUGUCAUAUUCUGCAAGCCAUGGAACAUCCUCCCCAACGAUGUCCCCUGCCAUCCAAAGCUCGCGGACUUUGCGAUUUGCAUGAAGAAGAAAGGUCGAGGAAUGUCUAUAUUCGUGACUGUGAUGGAGGGAGAUUUUGAAAUGAAGGCGGAGGAAGCAAGGCAGGCUCAGCAGCGACUGAACACGUUUAUAGAGUACAAGAAAUGUGAGGGUGUUGCGGAGGUUGUAACUGCACCAAAGGUAAAGGAUGGCUUCCGGGCGAUUGUUCAGGUUAUGGGUCUGGGCAAUUUGAAGCCGAACAUUGUGUGCAUGCGUUAUCCGGAAGUGUGGCGAGAGCCACACCUCGACGAGGUACCGGACACCUUUGUUAGCAUCAUCAAGGACUGUAAUACUGCCAACAAGGCGUGCGUUAUCGUCAAGGGUCUCGACAACUGGCCAGCGGAGUACGAGAAACAGUACGGGACUGUAGAUUUAUACUGGAUUGUGAGAGAUGGCGGUCUUAUCCUGUUGCUGUCGCAGCUGCUCCGAGCGAAGGCGAUCUUCGAGAACUGCAAACUGCAGGUGUUCUGCAUUGCUGAGGAAGACUCUGAAGCUGAGGAACUGAAGGCGGAUGCCAAGAAGUUUCUGUACGAUCUUCGCAUGCAAGCGGAUGUGAUCGUCGUGACGACCAAGUCUUGGGACGAUAACAAGGACGCCUCUUUCCGGAAAGAAGACGCCUUGGAGGCAUUUGACAAGGCAAGGGCACGUAUCAUUGCCCGAUCGUCGUCAGACGAGUGGGAGGAUGGGACGGGCGGCCUGCCAGAAUUCAAUGUCGAUGAAGAAAGCGUGAAGAAAUUCCUCUACACUACUCUCAAGCUGAACCAGAUCAUGCUUCGGUACUCGAAGGUGGCCGCCCUGGUUAUGAUAAGCUUGCCCCCCCCUCCUGCCAACCAUCCAGCGUACUGCUACAUGGAGUACAUCGAUUUGUUAGUGCAUGACAUUCCUCGCCUGCUGAUGGUUCGCGGCUACCAGAGAGACGUCGUUACGAUAUACUCGUAGUCUUUUUUCCGAGAGCGCAGCGGAGGAGGGGUCUCUUUGUCAUUAGAGGAAGGCGAGAAUGGUGCGUGCUGGGAACGGAACUCGCGUCGCUGAGUGAUGCUCUCCUUUUCCAGGUGGGUCAGCAGUGGAAGAAUCGUCGUAGAGAAGCAGCAUCAGCUGCAGAUCAUGUCAGGCAGCAGUCGAUCGGCAGGCUGGGAGUCCUCUGCGGGAGAGUGAGUGGCAGUUUACUCAGCAGGUUAAGUGAGUUGACAGUAGAUGACUUUUUUUUUCCGGACUGUGAAUUCCGCAAGUGUGCUUGGCUGCGAUAGGGCGAGACUUGCUGCGUCUGACAUGCGGGGCAACAGCAGCUAAUCAACAGGUUGAUCUGUUCUGUUGUUGCCGUGUCCACAGAAGCCUCUCAAUUGUUUUACGGUUCUUUGCCGAUCUCUUCGGUUUCUUUAUUCUCCUUGGUUGUCUCUCGGCUUCUCUGACAUGAAAUAAAAGCUGUGUGGUUUGGUAGCGUGAAGGAUCGGGAUGGGUGUAUCUAUCUCAAGACGAGAAUGAUCGACAGGCUGGUGUUGGGUGAAGGACUGCAACAAGCUGGUGUUGGGUGAAGGACAGCAUGGGGUCUACUGAUGGGUUCAGGUCUACUGAUGGGAUGGACUCUCUUUCUUCUGGUUGGUCGAGAUUUGAUCCUGGAAUGUCUCUCUGCUCCUCUGUCAUAAAAUAAGCUCUGUGUUGGUUGCCAAGUGUCGAAUGGAGUUUCGGUGAAUGGGGUUUUGGUAGGGGGAAAAGGAUCAGGAUACCAACGGACCUAGCUCAGUUGGCACACCCACGAAUUGAAAUAUGAAUCAGACCCAAGUUCGAAUCCAGAUACAAUCAGAUGACCGGAAUGAAAUCAUUCUGAAUUACCUGGGGCUGGUCAGUUCAAUGAUGAUAUCUCAAGGGUCGUCGCCCUUUUUCAAACAAACAAACAAAAAAGGGUGAAGGAUAAUGAUGGGUGUAUCUCAAGACGAGAAUGAUCGACGGGCUGGUGUUGGGUGAAGGUCGGCAUGGGGUCUAUUGAUGGCUCGCCCUAUUUUUGCAGGUAUUGGAUGGAUAGACCCUCAUCGGGUUGGUCUACAUUUGUUCCUGGGACGAUCCACUUCUGUUCCAAAAGCAGAUGCCAGGAAUGGAAAUGGACUGUGCCUGGCUGGCACCUUAGGUUUGAACCUUUUUUUUUUUUUUUUUUUUUUUUUUUUUUAGGUUUGAACAUAGGCGAGCAGGAAAAGGGAAAAACUUCAGAAGAGAAGAGCGCAUGCAAUAAAAUCACAAUGUCUUUUUUUCUUUUUCUUUUUCUCUCCAGUUUGAGAAGUGACAUUCCUUGUCGGUCGUUGGUUUCAAAUUUCAAUUGAGGAGGAUUUGAUUUUGAUGUCCUCAAGACACACAUCGCAGCAGGUACGCAACUCGUAUCCACUUGGUUCAAUGAAAGCCCAAAAAAGAC